UAUAAAUCCAGGAAUCUGAGAUGAAAGAGUAAACUGAAGUAUAGAAACCAAAGACAGUAUUAGUUGAUGUAUAUCUGCAUGAUUUCUUAAGUGGCAUCAGCGCUCCAUCUCCACCUUCAACGAGAGGGAUAUCGACGGUUUGGUGAGGGAUCCCUGUCAAGCAGGCUUGACUUUCUUUGCUGACCAACGCUCCCUCCACCUUGCACACAUCUGUCCCCAUUGAGUGCGUAAAGAUGGCUCCGUCAUUGCGCACAGCUGUUUCCAGGCGCUGGUGGAUGGCCGUAACAGCGGUCAUCGAGAACCUGCUUUUCUCUGCCGUGCUGCUGGGAUGGGGUUCCCUGCUGAUCAUGCUCAAGUCUGAGGGCUUCUACUCAUACCUCUGUUCUGUGAACAACUCCGACAGUCAGCUCAAUCAGUCCACGUCGGCCGUCAAUCAGUCCUCAGACGACCAGGCUGCGGAGAAAGUGGAGGAGGAGGAGCCCCUGAGGCUUCGGGGCUGGCCAGUGUGCAAGGACCAGGACGAGAUGCUGAACCUGGCCUUCACCGUGGGCUCCUUCCUGCUGAGUGCCAUCACUCUGCCCCUGGGCAUCGUCAUGGAUAAAUACGGACCACGCAAACUGCGCCUGCUGGGCAGUGCCUGUUUUGCCUUUUCUUGUAUCCUGAUCGCCUAUGGAGCGAGUGAUCCAAACAAUCUGUCCGUUCUCAUCUUCUUUGCUCUAGCACUGAACGGCUUCGGAGGGAUGUGCAUGACCUUCACCUCCUUGACACUGCCGAACAUGUUUGGUGACCUCCGAUCGACAUUCAUCUCUCUCAUGAUCGGCUCCUACGCCUCCUCGGCCGUCACCUUCCCCGGAAUCAUGGUGAUCUAUGAUUUGGGCGUGGCCCUCAUUACCAUCCUCGUGGUAUGGGCUGGUUGUGCUGGCCUGGUCUUCAUCAACUGCUUCUUCAACUGGCCCCUUGAGCCUUUCCCUGGUCCAGAGGACAUGGACUACACUGUGAAGAUCAAGUUCAGCUGGCUGGGCUUUGACCACAAGAUCACCGGAAAGCAGUUCUACCGGCAGGUGACCACGGUGGGCCGCCGCCUCAGUGUGGGGAACUCCCUAAAGCACCAGCACUCCGAGAAGCUGGCCGCUCAGGAGGGCAACAAGCUCUGUCUGUCCACCGUGGACCUGGAGGUCCAGUGCAAGGCUGAGGAUGAAACUCAGUCGUUUAUGCGCAGUAUCUUCAGCCCCAUCUUCAUGCUCAGCUUGAUCACCAUGUGUGUCACUCAGCUGCGCCUCAUCUUCUACAUGGGGGCCAUGAACAGCAUCCUGGAGUCGCUUGCAGGCGGCGACCUCAACACAGUGCAAAGGAUGGAAGUCGUGAGUGUGUACACCUCUAUCUUCGGCGUGCUGCAGCUCCUGUGUCUCCUCACUGCGCCGGUGAUCGGUUACAUCAUGGACUGGAAGAUGAAGGAGUGUGACGACGGGGAUGAGAAGGGCGGCAGCAAGGACCCUACUAAGCCUAAGCGACGCGACAGGCAGAUCCAGAAGAUCACCAACGCCACACGCGCCUUCAUCUUCACCAACGUGCUGCUGGUCUGCUUCGGCCUGGUCUGCCUGAUUCCCAACCUUCCCCUUCAGAUCCUGUCGUUCGUUUUGCACACAAUCGUAAGGGGGUUCAUCCACUCUGCGGUUGGUGGCCUGUAUGCUGCUGUCUACCCAUCCUCUCAGUUUGGCAGUCUGACAGGCAUGCAGUCUCUCAUCAGCGCUCUGUUUGCCCUGCUUCAGCAGCCUCUGUUCAUGGCCAUGAUGGGUCCAUUAGAAGGAGACCCACUCUGGGUGAACGUGGGCCUGUUGGUGGUGAGCAUGCUGGGAUUCUGCCUGCCCCUCUACCUCCUGUGCUACAGCCGCCAGCUCCGCCGCGAGAAGAAGGAGCGCGAGGAAGACCCGAAGAUCUACGUGAAGAUCAGCAACAGCAACAGUGGCCUUCAUGCCACCAAUGGCAUCGCUGACGCCAAUGGCACCAAUGGCAUCAAUGGCACCAAUGGCACCAAUGGCAUCGCUGCCACCAAUGAACUGGGCAGCCCAGAGGAUAACCAAGAUGUCUUUGUCUAGAGUCUGAUAUGGAGAGAUGUGAGAGAGGGUGAGAGGAUGAGGCAGAGGAGACGAAGAACAGAGGGUGGAAGGGAGAGUGCUUGAGGCCUUGUGUAUGAUCACUUACGCAGGUCCUCAGGUCAAGUUGUCAUUCACCCUUUAACACUCAGAUGGACCCUGACAUUCCUGCGCACACAAAUACACACACACACACACACACACACACACACACAAACACACACAGAAGUACCACUCAAAUACCACUGAAACCACAGUAUAUCAGGAACACAGUAGUGUUGCCCUCUGAGAUCUUACGCUCAAGUCCACAUCUCUUGUCAAGGGACACGUGCACACAUACACAUAGAUGACAUACUCCGAAGAAAAGACUGACACACACAACUUUCACUGUGAAACACGACACAAGCAAUGCCACAUGGCAACACCACGAAACCACGUCUGCACAAGUCCCUCACCCAUCUCACCCUUGGUCACGGGGCCCUGAAGCACCAUUGAUCUUGCCAUCCCCACAAGAGCCAACAGCCUUGGAGGCCACAAGUGAACUCACACGAGACUUAAGGUCACAGAGCAAGGGCAGACGACCAUCUCAACAACAGACCCUGACCGCCGCCCACUCCCCUCCCCAAUCCUUGCUGCUUGUGUGUUGUUGUGACCCCCUGCUACUUGCCCUGCCACAUGCCAUGUCAGUUUGGGCUGCCCGUCGAUUAGUCACUGAGUGUCUUCGAAUGCUGAGUGUCAAGAAGCCUGAACACCGAUGAUCAGAAGUGCUUGAGAUGACUUGGACUUUAAAAACCAGUCUUCACCCUGAGGUGUUAGAGUGAUUUUCUGAAAUCACUACGGUAAUGUUGAUACUUGGCCAAAAAUGUGUCUUUGGCUUUGCCAAAAAAAUGUCUCCUUUGGAAGAGUUCUCGUCAACAUCCACUGGGUUACCUGGCUUUGUCAGUGGAUCGACAUUCAGUAGAGGUUCUUUAGCAGAGAAGAAACUAGAUCAGAGAACAAAGAAAGUGGCAUUGUAGUCUGGUCAUACGGUUCUCCAGCGUUUACACACUUCACAUAAUGGGUGUUUUAAUCUAGCAUGUUUUGAGCUUCUUGGCAGAUUUUUUGCUGCACCGUUUGCCUCAGAGUGUACUUGCUCCUAUUCUUUUGAGGAUAAAAAAGCAAUGACUCAGAGGUGCAGUUUUUGGAAUGUUCUGUAUUCAAGAAGUGAUAAAGACCUUACAAACUAUUCCUUUGCCUCCCAGUACCACCCCAAGGAUCUGGGAAGACUUAACUGUCUGCGUUUGGUGUCAUGGCAGAGGCAGAUCUGAGGCAGAGGGACAGAAAGUAGAUGCUUUUGAUGAUUUGAGGUGGGGGGAUGGAGGUGUCGAACGUGGACCUGAUUAUACAGUAGUGUCAUUGUGGAUAUUUUACAGGGAGUUAAAAUUUGGUGUUUACUUUCCCCCAAAGCUUUUAUCACAAAGCAUGGCAUAGAGUGAACUUCUCACCAGCAAUAAUGUGCCACGACACAACCUGCACAGUUAACAGACGAGUACCAAUCAUUAGAGCAUUUCUCCCAGCUAUUCAAUCAUGCCAUACUACUGUCUUUGCUGUUGCCUAGGGUUACUGUUAUGUUAACGUUUCUCUGGAGAUUCUUUGUGUAUGUAUGCUAUACCAGAUAUCUGUCUGGGCAUCUGGUAUUAUACAGUAAUAAUUUUAUCAAAGGUAUUUACCUGCAAUAUGAUCCAGUUCAAGUUUUCUUCUGUCUUACAACAAUGUGUGUUAUUUGGAAAGAUAAAAUGGAAGAAGCAGUUACAUAGUUCAGAUUUUUUAAAUAAGAGAUAUGCUGAUAAGGAUGAACCAUCGUUGCCACUUAUCCAUGACCUGCAUUAUUCUAUCUGGGUGUAGUGGAGGUUAUGGAGGAUUUGAUGUAGCAAUAAGUGUUUCUGUGAGCCACCUGGGAUCAGUUUACAGUGCUCUUUUCCACUUACACUGUUUUGCAACCUCACUUGCAUACACACAAGCAUGUCUGCUCUCAGUUGGCAAAUAUGCCUUAGGAGUCGCACAGAAUGGGCAUGUUUCUGUGUAUGUUUACAGAACAAGAUGGAGAUUUUCUCUUCACAGUGUUAAUGUUAAUGGUGCUUCUAUAGUGAUUACAGGACUAUGAACACACUUUUGUAUGGUGGUCGGGUUUUAGACCUUUUUAGAUCAGUCUUCAGUAGGCCUACAUUUUCAUACUGAGAGCCACAUUUCACAUUUCAGCCAAAAAAGUACUUGAAAAAAACUUGAAUAAUACUUUAACUAUCAAAAAAGGGAGCUGAAGAGAUGCUUGAAUAUCUGCGCCUAAUUCUUGACGCACACUCUUGUAGCUGUGAGGUUGAAACAUAGUGUAGUGGGAGCACAAAAGGGUUGCUCUUGGAAAUCCUUGGGGGCAACUCAAAUUUCUCCAAGCUUGACUCACAAGGAUUUCUCUCACCAGUCACUCACAGAAACACUUCCAAAGACAGCCGUCUGUAAAGGGGUACCGACACAUGUUUUGGGAAUAUGAUUAUGACAAAGGUUAUUCGCCCCGUUGCCCAUAUUCCCUGCAUUCAUUUGAACCUUGUUGUCCCAGCUGAGUCCCACUUUGGUGCAUAGAUCCCCAAGCAGACCUGUUUCUCUAGACCUAACUCAGGCCCUGUACACAGUGCAGAGGGUACUAUGAUCACCCUGUCAAGUGAGUGAAUAAAAGAGAGAAGAGAAUGGCACAUACGCACUUUAAUAUUUCAUAAAGUUUUGUCCAAUUUCUCCUGUGAUGAAUGUUAUUGGUUAAGGCACCGUCAGAAGCCUCCAGGUUAUAAGUGACACAUAGAAAAAGUAUGGCCUGUGCCCCCAACCUGUCUUUACUCAGAGAUGCAAGCUGUUUGUUAUUUUUGUAUUCAUAGAGAGAUGCUUGCACUCUCCAUCAACCCCCCCCACCUCCUUUUAUUGUUCUAUUCCAUCAGUUCAUCCAUGUGCAGGUCACUGACCCUUGUCGUAGGCUAAUUGACAGCAAACAUGGAGGGAGCAUUCCCCUUUCACGUUCUCACUGUCAUUCUCUCUCUCUCUUUCUCAGUCACGCGUGCACAUACACUGUACACAGAGAAACAGGUCAAUGGUACCCAACACCCGUAAUCUUUAUAGCCUACCCUUUUCGCAUGAUAUCUUUUGACAAUAAUGGACAAUUUGGGCUGUGUAGACUAUAGAGUGCAUGUGUCCCAGAAGGACCGCUUUAAAUAGCUUGAACAUGCUUAGAAAUUGCAGGUGGAAGAAAAUAAUGAUGCAGUACUGUACUCCGGCGCUAUGAAUGUGGGUUUAUGGUUUUCAUUCCCUCAGAAUGGGAGAUUCAGCACUUUUUCACUGCCAUACCUUAAAUGGUCACCCUCUUUUUAAAUCAACCAUGUGUUUCGUUGUAAAUGUAACACAUUAACUAGCCCCUGUUUUAAACAUUACAGCUGUCCUGGUAUGAAAGGAAAAGGCUAUUGACAUGGUGAGUAAUUAUGGGGAUAGUAACCAGAUUCUUGAUGUCAUGAGUCAUCAUCUUGAACUCCAAUGUUUUACCUGACUUUUGUAUGUACCAUGUGCAUUUUGUUUAUUUUGACAUCUUUUUUAGGCUUUCAUUUUGAUGUGUCAAAAUAUGUUAUGUCUUUAUAUGAUAUCAGUUAUGUCAUCCUAUAUUACAGUAGCCGUUGUUGACAUUUUGAGUAAUUGUUGAAACAAGAAUCAAAUAUGUAAAAUAAACCAAAAGUAAUUUGUACAAA